AUGAGUAUAACGGAGUUUGUAAAGCAUUAUGAGCAACGGACAAUUGAAAUGCGUGACAUUGAAGCUAUAGAGGAUUAUACAUCUCGAGGUGAUCAUAAAAUUUUCAUUGAAGAUUGUGGGAUAUUAAAGCAUGCUGCUAGGGUGUAUACCAGGAGAAUUUACACAAGAUUUCAACAUGAAUUUCUACAAGGGACAACCAAAAGAGUAAUCAAUGUUGAAGCUGAAGGGAGUCUAACAAAAUAUACAAUUUUAAAGGGUGAAAGUGAGAAAACUGAAAUUGUUCAAUUCAAUGCUCUUGACAAUUCUAUUAUUUGUAGUUGUCAUAUGUUUGAAUCCAUGGGUUGGUUAUGUUGUCAUGCACUUAAAGUUUUGUUCUUUGACUUGAAUUUUACUUCUAUUCCGGAGAAAUACAUGUUGAAAAGAUGGUCUAAGAAUGAUAAGCAUGAGAAAGGAUUUGCGGAGUACUCCAAAAAGAAGGGAACAACAAAAUCUUCUAUGGCAAUUCGUUUGAACGGGUUAAUGAAAGAAUCAUUUACUGUCAUGACUUUAGCUGCAAAUGAUAUAGAUUCGGAAGAAAUUGCUAGAAAGUAUUUAUACCAAGCAAGAGUUGAGAUUCUAAGCAUCAAAGUGAACUGUAUGGUGAAAAUUGUGACAAAAACAGACACAAAUUUGAUUCAUCCGUUGAUCCUUUAA